UUUUAUCUAACUGGUACCAGAAUAACGGUUAAACUUUUUGUGCAUCGCUCUAUCCAAAUAACGUGGUACCAACAAGUGACAAGUUGGCAAAAUUUGUAAACAACAGCAACGCACAACCAAAAUCGUUUAUAUCAUAUAUGAUUUGGUUACCGUAUCACUUUUCAUAAUAACUCAAAGGCAAGAUACAUGUAGUUCUGUGACAACCCUUCUUCUUAAAUAGGAUUGAAAUGUAUUGUGACGGCUGAAAUGGAUAAGAAAGGGUAUGAUUUACGACAAAGAAAGAACCCUCCCACCAAAAUCCAACAUCCCUCCAUUAAAAAAUCUGUAACACACAAAAGACCAAAGAUGGAAGUUGAUUUAGGAACAAUUCAAAUGAAAGAUAUUUUAAAGCAAGAAAAUGGAACAGUUAAUGCAGGCUAUUCUGAUGAGGAUGAAGAGAACACACUAUUUGAUCAGACACCACUGUUAUCUCGAGAUGAAAUCUGUGCCUCCCCAGAUAUAUUAAUUGAAGAAGACAACAGGGAGGUCAAAGUUGACGAGAGCUGGUGGACAAUUGGUCUUCAAGUCUUCUUUCCAUUCAUUAUAGCAGGAUUUGGUACUGUUGGUGCUGGCAUGGUGCUAGAUAUAGUUCAGCAUUGGGAUGUAUAUACAAAAGUUUCUGAGAUAUUUAUUUUAGUUCCUUCUCUACUUGGUUUAAAAGGCAACUUGGAAAUGACAUUAGCAUCCCGACUAUCUACGCAGGCACACAUGGGUAAUAUGGACAAACCUGGAGAGAAAUGGAAAAUGAUAGGUGGUAAUAUGGCUCUUGUACAGGCACAGGCAAUAGUUGUAGGAUUUUUAGCAUCACUGGUUGCAAUGGUGAUGGGAUGGAUACCAGAUGGUGAAUUUAAUUUACACCAUGCCCUGCUGCUAUGUGCCAGUAGUAUGCUUACAGCAGCUGUAGCUAGCUUUGUAUUAGGUGCUGUGAUGGUUAUUGUUGUUUUGCUUUCUAGGAGAUUUCAUAUAAACCCAGACAAUGUGGCUACACCUAUUGCUGCUAGUCUUGGGGACUUAACUACGCUGUCGUUACUUUCAGGUGUUAGUUCUUUUUUAUUUAAUGCAAUAGGUAAACAACAUUGGUUGGCACCAUCAAUAAUAGUUUUAUUUCUAGCUUUAGCACCAAUAUGGAUAUAUAUAUCAUUAAAAAAUAAAUAUUCUAAUGAAGCAAUACGAGAAGGGUGGACUCCAGUUUUGAGCGCAAUGGUGAUAAGUAGUGUAGGUGGUUUGAUAUUAGAUUUUACUGUAGGGAAUUAUCAUGGUAUUGCAGUUUUUCAGCCUGUGAUAAAUGGGGUGGGAGGAAAUUUAGUCGCUGUUCAAGCUAGUCGUAUUACUACACUUUUACAUUUACAAAAGAGAAAAGGAAUAGUGGAGGAUGUGAAAGGUUGUCCAAAUGUAUUUGGAACAUUUUGUAAAUCAAAUGUAACAGCAAAAGCUACAAGAGUGUUAUUAGCAUUAGUCAUACCAGGGCAUUUAAUAUUUAUGUAUACUAUAGCUUACAUGAAAGCAGGUCACACAUCAAUUACCUGGACAUUUGCAUCCUUUUAUCUCACAGCAGCUUUUCUACAGGUGAUUAUUCUGUUGUUUUUGGCAAACUGGAUGGUCCAUCUGAUAUGGCGACUGGGUGAUGAUCCAGACAACGUAGCUAUACCAUACCUUACAGCUAUCGGGGAUUUAUUAGGAACUUCAUUCCUAGCUGUGGCUUUCCAUUUAUUGUAUUUGAUUGGAGACAAAGACGCAGAUGUUGGCGAAUAAAUCAUAUUAAUUAUUAAUCAUUAAGUAUUGAUUGUGUGUCCACACUUUGCUUAUGAUAAUCUGACAGUACUCUUUUUCUUCAAUGUUUUAUGGAUACUCAAAUUUGUUGUAAUGUAGGCACACAUUUCAUUGGUUUACGUGACAAUUAUCAAAACAGUAUAUAUAACAAAGUGUCAUCAGAUUUUUAUAAGAUGAGUGUGGACACUCAGAUGGACUAAAUAUCAAUAGAAUGGCAACAUGAACAUUUUAAAAUAAAUAUAUAUGAUUGGUCAAAUGUGAUAUUUAAAGGUCAUAUGCAAUGUACAAUUACAAAAAGUCAAUUUUAAUAGUAUUUAUUAUUAGAUAAACAUCACAAGAAAUAUAAUACCUCAGAUAUUAUAUAACAGCCACAACUAUUGGGUGACUCAGUCACCAGCUAGUCUUCCUUUAAAAUGAGGUCAUGAAAAUUUGACCCUGUGGUACAAUGAAGUGUUGUUAUCUUUUGUUUUAAACCUGUUUUUGUUUAUUAUUUUGUAAUAUAUGUAAAUGUUGAUUUGAAAGAUGCUUUGUAAAAGCAUUUAUAUUAUGUUAAAUAGUUUAUAAUUGACCCAAACAUAUUGAGAUUUAACAUUUAAGUCUUUGUUACACAUUAAUUCUCUCUAUUUUGAAGAUUUGAUUUUAAGAAGAAAUAUAGUCCUUUAUACUGCACUUGUUCUAUUUGAGCAGUAAAAAUGCGUUGACCCUAUAUUUCUAUGUCAUAUACAGUCACUGACCUGAUAUCACUUUUCCUCAUGAAUAUUUAAAUAGAAAUUGUCGAAAUUAUAUUUGAUUAUUCAUACGACCUCUUCAACCUGUUCUUGUUUCCAAUGUAAACAACGAUGCGUUUAACGACUCAAACUUGUUUCUUUUACAUUUUUUUGGGGAAACAUAUUUCACUUAUUAUUAUUUUUUGUUUGCAACUUAUAAAUCAUUAUGUUUUAUGUUAAUUGUUGAUAUUUUAGUCUGUAAACAAACGAAUUCGUUCAACAUUGAUUCCGGUUUCAGUCAACAGGUAAUGAAUACAGAUGUACAUUUCAUCGUGUUGUAUAUUUCUCCGCCUGUGUGAUAUGAGGCCUUUUUAAAGGGAUAUUUUUCCAAUAUUUAUAUCAAAUAAAUAACAUUAACACACUGAACAACAAAAGAAAAUGUUUUUUUUAGAUUGCAGUAUAAAGACAAUAAUAGUGCAUUGACUAUUAUUGUCUAUUUAUAUCAAAAGUUCUUUAGAAUAGAAACUAACAUAAUAUGUUUCCAUGUUUAAUACCAUUUAACAAACUCCAGAAUUUUUUUUCAGUAUAUUUAUUAUUUUGAACAUUGCACUAUUAUUGCAUUAUUCAAGGAACAUAAGUUCUGUAUUUGAAACAGUCAAUUCACUACUUUGAUGCAGAAAACUCUUUGAACUGAUCAUUUAUUCUGCAACUGAACUUCUAGUGAUUUUUUUUUUUUUUUUGAUUUUUUAUGUAGAUGAAAUAUGUUAAAUCAAUUAACUGAUAUUGAAUCCAAAUUGCCUUUCAUUUCCUAUAUAAAUUUUCUGAAUGAUUUUGUAACGAAAUUUAAAGGGAUCUGUUUUAUAUUCACUUCAUUCUGAAAAGCUAAAAUGUAGCAAUGUUUAAAAAAAAUUUAAGACUGUACAUUGAUUGUACCACCAUUUGUAAGUAUUGUUAUCAAAACAUAAAUAUUUUCCUGAAAAUUUCAAACUACAGAUGGCAAAUUUAUUUGUACUGUGCUAAUAUUAACCUGUGAAUAACUGUGCAGAUUUUGACAAACUUACUUUAGUUUUGUGAAGAUAAAUGAAUGGUUUGUUGCAAACUGAUAGAUAAAAUUUAGUCAGUUUUGUCUAUUAUAUUUAUGUAGUUUCCAAUGUCCAUAUCUUUGUAACAGAUAGAAAUACUAACUCGAAAUUUUGAAACUACUGCAUCCAUAAUCAAGAUGAACAAAAGUUUUUGGCACAUUGACCUUAAACCCCAAGAUCUCACAUUUUCACAGGUUUGGUCUGUUUGACAUGGUUUUGUUUUUGCUUUUAUUUUGUAAAUUUUAUACUAUUUUAAUAAAUAUAGCAUUCAAUAUUCCAAAUAGACAUUUACAUAAAAAUCUUUAAUGAUUAACAGUUAAAAAAAUAUAUGACCCAGAUUUAGUGGAUCAAUAACAUAGAAAUGAAAUAGUUUGAAUGCAAUGUAUUAUUGUUGUGAUGAUGACUACACAAGAUUGAAGUUCAAAAGUCAUGCAUAUUAAUUGGCUGUUUCAGAAUCUAAAGCAUCAUGGGUAAUUGUACCCCAAAGUGAAAAUAACAUUACGUCAUUGGUUGAAUUUCCAUUGUUUAUUGCGUUUUAAACCAAUCAAAACGCUUUGGUGUACGCUUUUGAAAAUAUUACCCAGGAUGCGUUAGAUUCUGAAACAGCAUAUUGGGACUGUGUUUAAAUGAUAUUAGGGUUAAUAUUAUAACUUAAACUUUUGUACAUAUAUUUUAAUAUAGGGAUAUUUGUUUGCUCCACACAUUGUUUAAAACAUAAUCUGUGUCAGAGAAAUGUUUAAAUCAAAGAAGUCAGUGUUCUUUAUUUUGUGAUACUCAUUGAUAAUUGACACCUGUUUCCAUGACAACUAGUUGUUUGUUAUGAUAAAGUAUUUAUUUAUUAAAAAAUUUACCUGA